AUGGCUUCCCCGCUGGAGCUGGAGCAGGACGUGCAGGGGAAAGUGGAUUCGUUUCGAGCCCGCAUCGCGCAGGAGGCCGAGGAUCUGGUGUCCACCUUCUUCCCUCAGAAGCUGUCGGAGCUGGACAGUCGGGUCCAGGAGCUGCGCCUGCAGGACCUGUCCAGGAUCCGCUCGGUGCCCGCCUUGGAGCCCGCCGCCGUGCCCGACCCCGCGGGGGACGCACCCAACGGGGACCCGCCGCCGCCGCUGCAGCCCCAGCCCUCGCCCAAGGUGCCGGCCCUGCCCGGGGGCGAGAGACAGCUGCUGCGGAGCAACCAGCAUCUGGUGGAGCUGAUUGAGCGGGUAAAGCCCGAGAUCGAGCUGCUGAGAGAGAAGUGCAACACGGUGCGGAUGUGGGUGCAGCUGCUCAUCCCGAAGGUGGAGGACGGCAACAACUUCGGCGUGUCCAUCCAGGAGGACACCGUGGACCAGCUGUGGACCGUGGAGAGCACCGCAGCCUCCUACCUGCGUCGCUUCUCCGCCUACUACAACACCAGGGCCAAGCUGGUGUCCAAGAUCGUGAAGUACCCCCAGGUGGAAGAUUACCGCCGCACGGUGGCCGAGGUGGACGAGAACGAGUAUCUGAGCGUGCGCCAGAUCCUGCUGCACGUUCGGAACCAGUACGCCACCUUGCAUGACGUGAUCCUCAAAAACAUCGAGAAGAUCAAAACCCCUCGGAGCACCAACACUGACAACCUCUACUGA